CGGGGACAGGGGAGUGGCAGAGAGUGGAGCGGAGGGACGGCCAGUGACCAGAGGCCAAGGAGGGAAGGAAGGGAAGGGUGCAUAGAGGUGGGAGUGAAGAGGCUCUGGAGGUGAUACACCUUGAGGAGGAGGAGGAAAAGGAGAUGGAUGGACUGUCCAAAACAUUAUCCUUCGGCUUCCCUCUGCCCUCCUUCUGUGGAAGGAAGUUUGAGGAAGAUGAGACGGUACUUGGAUAAGGGCACAGGGACGAGCAGGACGUUCAACUCACCGAGGAAUACUUGUUGAUUGCUUGAGUUACACGUUUCUGGGAUUUGAGGACGAGGCUUUGGAGCAUUUCAUCUCUGCUAUUGACUGAAAUGAAGGCAGAGACUUGUUUUAGGAUCCCCUCUCCGCCUCCCCCCUCCCAUCCCGCCAUCCGUGUCACAUAAGUCCUUCCAGAAUCUUAGAAAUGUAGAGCUGGAGGGAACCUUAGAAGUUACCUCGUUUUCAGAAACAGCAAGCAUUUAUUAAGCAUUUACUAUAUGCUAUAUGUUUGGUAGGGAGGUACAAAAGAAAAGCAAAAAAACGUGGCUCCUGCAUAUGCUAAGGGAGAAGAAGAACAUGCAUUUUAGUCGAACUAUGGAGGAACUUGUUCAUGAUCUUGUCUCGGCCCUGGAGGAGAGUUCAGAACAAGCCAGAGGAGGAUUUGCAGACCCAGGGGAUCACUCUCGAAGUCUGGCUUGUCCACUGAAACGCCAGGCAAGAAAAAGGAGGGGGAGAAAACGGCGGUCAUAUAAUGUCCAUCCUCCUUGGGAGACAGGCCACUGUUUAAGUGAAGGUUCAGAUUCCAGUUUAGAGGAAUCAAGCAAGGACUACAGAGAGAACCAUGAUAACAAGAAGAAAGAUCAUAGUGACUCUGAUGACCAUAUGUUAGUAGCAAAGCCUGGACCUUCAUCCAAUCUAAAUAAUGUUAGAGGCAAACGGCCCUUAUGGCAUGAGUCAGAUCUUGCUAUAGAUAAUUUAGGUAACAGAACUCUUCGUAGAAGAAGAAAGGUGAAGCGCAUGGCAAUAGAUCCACCAUCUGAAAUUUCUAACUCACUGACACUGACUCAGCAGCAUGAAAAUAGAGAUCAAGAAAUGGACAAUGACUGUCGACCUUACCAAUACCAGGAGUUCAGUAAAAACAAAGUAAAAAAAAGAAAAUUAAAAAUUACUAGACAAGGACCGAAAAUCCAAGAAGAUGGAGUAGUUUGGGAAAGUGAAGAAUUGGUCCAAGUUAAUAAAGAUAAAAUGGAAUAUGAAGAACAAAAAGGUUCAGAUGAGAUCAUGAGUGAAAGUGACUCCAGCAGCCUCAGCAGCACUGAUGCUGGUUUGUUUACCAAUGAUGAGGGAAGACAAGGUGAUGAUGAGCAGAGUGAUUGGUUCUAUGAAAAGGAGUCUGGUGGGGCAUGUGGCAUCACAGGAGUCAUUCCCUGGUGGGAGUCAGAAGAAGCUACGGAACUAGGAAAAGAAUUACCAGAUCCUGUCUUUCAAAGUAUCUUAAGCGGCUCUUUUCCUCUUAUGUCACCUUCAGGCAAAAGAGGUUUCCAGGCUAGACUCAAUCAUUUACAUGGAAUACCCUCAAAGAAUGUCAAAAAAACUGGAGGAAAUUCUACUGCAAUGGUUGCUACAUCUGGCCCAGUAAGUAACAAGAGAAUGGUUCACUUUUCUCCUGAUUCCCAUCACCAUGAUCAUUGGUUUAGCCCUGGGACCAGGACAGAGCAUGUUCAGCUUCAGCUCCUGAGAGAUAACCGAUCAGAAAGAGGACACAAGAAAAACUGUUCAGUGAAAACUGCAAACAGACAAACAAGUAUGCAUUUAGGAUCCUUGUGCAUGGGAGAUAUCAAAAGGAGAAGAAAGGCUGCACCCUUGCCGGGACCUCCUGGAACAGGAUUUGUAGGUGAAAAUGCACAGCCAAUUCCAGAGACCAACAUUGGAAACCGAAUGCUUCAGAGCAUGGGCUGGACACCCGGGACAGGACUCGGAAGAGAUGGCAAAGGGAUGUCUGAGCCAAUACAGGCCAUACAGAGGCCAAAAGGAUUAGGACUUGGAUUUAGCCGACAGAACACCACACCAACAAGCAUCACCAACACCAAAACAUCAACACCCAUCAGGGUGACUUGAAGGAGGAGCUGAAAACCCUGAAGAACAAGUAUGAGGAGUGGGAGUUCAGGUUCAAGGAAGAGAAAGGCUGCUAUGAGACUGAAGGCCAGGUCUUGACAGAAAAGAUCUCACUGCUAGAGCAUCUGGCCAAGCUGGAGAAGGAGCUGAAGAAGAUGAGUGACCUGGCGGGGAGAUGCAGGGCAACAAGUUAGUGACCUUCGGUGAGGAGCUGACUCACCUUAACUAUCAUAUCUACAUGUGCAACAAUGAGACCUCCACAGUGUGAUGCUGAAUUACUACAGGGAGGGUAAGGGGCUGGGUGGACACAUCAGCCCAGAAGGCAAAGGGAGGUCCUCACUCAUGCUUCUCUUCAAACUUCUCUGCCAUCAACCCAGGCAAGUCUGAGAAUGGAAGCAGGGAUAGCUCGCCCUCUCCUGACUCAUCCUGCCAUCCCCUGUGUCGGAUCUGAUCACCAAAAUCCAGGACCAGAUCAAGCAUCUGCACACAGCCAUGCAAGAGCUGGGGACAAAGUGGACAAAGACAAGGAGGCCCUGAUGGAGGACAUCCUGAAGCUGAAAUCUUUGCUGAGCACCAAGCGAGGGCAGAUCACCACCCUCAGGACCAUACUGAAGACCAAAAAGCAGAAAGCUAAAGUACCCCUGGCCAACCUGUGGAGCAAAUGUAAGAAUGAAAAAACCAUGUUGAUAGAGACCAUAAUAAAACUCUGAAAUGGACUGAAUACCCUCAAAGAAGAAUCUGCCACCUUUUGGUCUCUGCAGGCUAUGUUCACCCACAAAAGUGAUGAGAUGCAGAACCAGCUUGAAGUGAUGGAAGACAAGAAGAUCUUGAUCUCCCUGCUACACAUGGCCAUCCAGCAAAAGCUAGCCUUGGAACAGCCCCUGGAGCACCUGGAGCUAAAUCACAAGUAGGCCAAAAGGAGCCAACCUCCAAAGGCAAGAGCAGUACCCAAAGAUGGAAUUGGCCUAUAGUGACCUUGGUCAGAUUGCAGCUUUCUUAAAAGGCUCGUGCUGGUGUCUAAAUGAGCCCGGGGGCCCUGUUUGCCCAAAGGAAUGGGAGAAAUCCCAAAUGUAUCUUCUUUUUUUAGUGAAUAUACUACCUGCACUCAUUUUCAAAAAUGUGUAUACUGGGUUGUAAAGAGAAAAUUGGUAUACUUCAUGUGCUGAUACUGCUGCAGGAAGAAAUUUUUACAAGUCCUUCUAACAAACAAUGAAACUACUAGAAAUGUUCAGACUGAGGGUUGUGGGGACAAAAGGAGGAGACCAUCAGGGGAGAUCUUUUUUGUUGUUACCUAUAUUUCUUAUCUGAUUGUUAAACCUGUGCACUUUUGAUAUUUUGAUGUUGUAUUAGCUUCCUUUAAAUCCUCAUGUAGGAAAGGUCUUUGGGAAGUAAUGGUUUGUUCUCAUAGAUCUCCAUCAUGUGUAUGUCCAUGUUGGUUUCUCCAGAAGCAUGUUGCAGAUAUUCAUAGUCUUUUGGGGGUUGUUUUUGCUCUAGACUAUGUUUAGAUAAGAGCCCCAAGUCCAAUAUGGUGGCUCUGCUCAAUUCUUUCGUGAGCUUUGCUUCAACAACCUUUUUUAAUUAUAAAAGUUAUGGUUUGUGUUUUAAGUGACUAAUUUUUAGCUGCCAUGUUCAUUAAGAAAUCCAGGGUAUUCAAAUUCUGGGGUUUUUUCAUAUUGUAUUUUUAUUCCGAGGAAUAGUUCAAUGUAACAAGAAGAAAACUUGACAUUGCUCUGGUUAAGAUAGCAAUAGGCCCUUGAAAAAUAAAAAAUUAAAGCAAUCCAAGCAGUAGUAUUAGCUGCAAGUUCCAGAGAGAGAUUCUGGAUUGGAGGAGGUUGUGAAAUGUGACUGAUUAACAGAACUUUCUACAACUGCACCAGUAAAAUUCCAAAUUGGAAUUGUUUCAUUGCCUGUUGUGCCAAAUAUGGUACAUUUAGAAAGAAAAAUUUUAAAGUCGUCAAUUAUAGGGUGUUCACUUUUAAUGCCUUUUUGUUAAUCAUUGUCACCAAUAGUGCCUUUGCUAAUUCAAGGGAGUAAUCCUAGGAUAUCAUUUAGUCUGUUGGGAGAAAGGAACCCAGAAUGAACUGGUUUGAAAUCAGUACAGAAAGGGACCAAUAAACAUAGAUGUGACUUGUACCUCAACUCUUGUAUUUUGGAACUGGGUCUCUUCAUGUCCCACAAGAGAUGAGAAAUAGUACAAAAUUCUGUUAGUCAGUGAUACUUUUAUCAUGCAGAUCCUGGCAAAUUCAGGGGUCAAGAAAGAACAGCAGAAACAAGCAUUAAAUGCACUUCAGAAACCAAAUGGACAUUCACUGAACAAAGUGACAGGCUGCACAAAGGAGGUCAUUUCUGGUGACAACAUCGAUGGGCUGUUAAGCAGUGGAUAUCCCCUCCGCUUUCUACAAAGGUGGGCAUGAUUUAACCUUUAGCAUUUUUUGUGAAUGUGAAGGCAAGACAAUAUCUUCUCUCACAUGUGCUAUCUAAUCAUUGUAACUUCAGGAAACAAACAAACAAAAAGAACAUCAAUGAAUGUUGGGGCCUUGGUCCUUCAGUGCACUUGUUAAGGCUAGUGUGAUAAAUGAUUAAACUGGUACUUCUGGAGAAAGAAGAAAAAAUUUUUCCUCAAAAAAGUACAAGUUAUAAUGAUAAAUAUAAGUAGCAGAAACAAAUGAAUUCUAUUUGCUGGCAUAAACAUCAUUCCUCAGUGUUGGGACUUCUCUGUUUUCACCUUCUGUUACAGUAUUGAUUAAUAGGAAAUAUUGUUAUAUUUAAAAUAACUUAUUCUGUCUCCAUGUGGAUAUUUAUUUGAUAUGAUGUCUACGUACUAUAUUCUGUUCUCUGUGCAUUACCCUUAGUGGUGGUCCUUAGUGGUCCUUAAAGUCAUAUGCAUGUACUACUGCCAAGGAACCAUUACACAGACCUAAAGAGGCAAAAAAAAAAGUCCUCAUUCUUUUGCAGGAGGAAGGAAAAAAUGAGGACGAGAAAUCUUUAAGAGUAUAAUUUUCAUGAUUAGGUAACUUCCCAUUAUGUGCAAAGGUAUAACUUUUAAACUAAUCCAAAACCAAUAUUUAUAGGAAAUAGCAAUCCUGUGUGAAGAGAGUCCCAAUUGGCAAUUAUCAAUUUAGGAAAAAAUUUAAGAUUAGAAAAAGAAAUCCUACUGCUCUCUGAAAUUGAAUCAUCUCUACAUUGGAUUACAUCAGGCCUUUCAAUUUAUACAUAGGCAUCUACCAAUACUAUAACAAUUGCUAAGAGGGCAUGUGUAUAACUAUAUGUAUAGAUAUAUGUACAUGUGUCACUACAUGUGCCUUUUGAUAUACUUACAUUGGAUGUAAAAUAUCAUGCAUUAUGUUGCUAUAUUUUCACUCUGUAUAUUGUGCUUGCCAUUAAUUGAAUAGUUGAUUUAAUUGACAGCAAUUUCCCUUUGAACAAAUAUUUGAGGAAGAAAAAAAAACUGUUAACAUGCUUGUUUUAACCAUUUCUCUCUACAUUUGGGAUUUUUUUCUUGUAGAAGUGGUUGAGUUUGUUAUUCAAAAUAAAACUAUAUGGGCAAAAAAAAAAUAGUUUUAAAGGUAUAUAGAAGGCCAUGCUAACAAUUCAACAAAAAUGGAAGAAAACAAAGCUUAAAAAAAUUUUCUGAUUAAGCCCAUUUUUGUUCUUGACUAUAUCCUUUAAAUGCAUUUUCUUUCUGCCCUAAACGUAUUAGGAAUUUAAGGAAGAAAUAUUCCAAGCAAUUCAGUUAGAUUAAAAACUCCUCAAGGGUAGAGUGAAUGUCUUGUGUUUCCUCUGUAUCGCCCAGUAGAAUCUUUAUUUCAAUCUACCCAAAGUGACAUUCAUCAAAUGUUUCUCAAUGAAAUAACACUUUGUGAAAAUAUAUAGGUAUAAACAAGUCCUAUCCCUAUAUUUAGCCAUUUCAAACACUUAGGUUAGCUUGACCAAUAAUUCUACUAAAUUAGCUGUUUUGACUCUAGUUCAGUUUUAAUUUACUGACCAUGUUCUGGCACAAUAGUCAAACUAGUAAGUCUAUUUGUAACAUUAGAAAAUGUCACUUUUGUGCUACCCUCCUCUGCUCUCUGUGGCAUUACUUUUGUCCCCUAGCUAUAGCUAUAAUCAAAUUGGUGCAGAUUUGGUUUAACACAAAAAAUUUUCCAUUCCUUGAUAAUUCUAAUCAUUAAAUUUGUUUACUUUCAGGUCAUUUAUUCUUGCCUAAAAAUCCCAGAAUAUAUUCCUUACUUGGGCAAAAGUAACAAUGGCAUUAAAAUGAAAGAAUAUUAUAUAAAUAAUUUGAAUAUUAUUUCUAUAAUAUCACUAAAGUGCUACCCUAUUGCCUCUUCAUAGUAUGGAAGUGACCAAAGAUCCUUAAAGGUGAUUUCAAUAAAAUACAAACUCUGGGUAAUCCUACCAAGUUAGAAAACUUUUGGAAUAAACUUUAUAAUGGGCUUAGUCUUGGUCAGCCUAGCCAGAAGACCACCCUGGCCAAGUAUAAAGAGGUUUAUCACUGGAAGGUGAAAUACCAAGUGAGAUAUUAUCUUGUAUAUAGCAAUUCAUGAAGAACAUCCCUUAAGAUGAGAGUAUGUGGGGAGAAGGAGUUGGUAUUUCUCCCCGACAAUGGGAAUUUUCUACACAGAUGAAACCAAAAUUCUUGAACUAUGAUAUUAAUAGCAUCCGUAUACAUAUAAUACUUUUGAGAUUUACAAAGCACUUUACAUACAUUAUCACAUAAUCUUACAGUAUUACUGUUAAGGUGGGGAGUUUGACCCUAAUUCUUCAAUAGAUCUGUGAUCUCAAUAACGUGGAUACCCUCUCCAAAGAGAUCAUCAUUUAUCCAAAUCUCAUUGCAAUAUGUAUACCCAAAAUGGUAGAGGCCUACCUCUGGAUUGCUUUACCUAGUAUGAGUACCUAUGGAGUUACCCACAGACUGUCAGGUGGUAUUUCUUAAUUCUUACUAUAUGGCCAGCUGUUAACUUCUGUUACGCAUUUCUGUUCAUGCAUUUCUUUGCUUUUGUCUCUUAUACAGCUUGUAAUUAUUGUUGAUAGAAAAGCUUAUUCACACUCAACAUAUGCCUCUCCAUUGCCCUUUCAGUGAUCUACAACAAAGAUCCUUCAGAAUCAGUGGCAGUCUGUGUUAUGCGCACAAGUAGCAUCAAGCGCCUACUGGGUGCCAGACACAACAUACUACUUGCUGGGGAGACAAAUGCAAAGACUAAAACAAUUAUUACUCACAGGAGGCUUGCUUGUAUUUGUAAAAAUGGAGAUUUUGAACCCCAGACUUCAAUCCCCAGAAGUCCUUGGUAUUUCCCAGAAUUCCCUAUAAUCUCACCUGAGUCCCCAGGUUGGUAUUUAACUGGCAGUAACGCCUCCCUCUCUCUCUUCAAUUGCAAUGAUGUAGGAGGUUAAUAGUAAGCUAAGCACGGGGAUUCAGAUUUGGCUAAUCAGCCAUGGGCACAUGGUUUUUAUUUUGUAUCUUCUUUAUUCCUUGAUUUCUAAUAAUCCUAAUAAACCUCAUGAAAUAUAAGAUUUUUAUUACUAGAGAUACUAAUUUAUUUUUUACAUAUUCUAAUGAAAAAUCAAUGAGUUCAUAUUUAAAUAUAAACAGAACAAAAUCCAACCCAGUCUUGUCCUACACAAUUAGAUAUUUAAUUGUGAACCCAAUUCAUUGCCUUUCUUCAAUAUCUGGUUUAGACCUAAGUAUGAACAGUUGAAAUGAGGUGCCCAUUGAACAGAUCACAUUCUAGUCCAGAUGGUAGUCAAACAAAUAAUAGCAUCUCAGUAUCUUGUUAUCCUCCACAUAUUCCAGUCAAUUCUAUGAACUACAAAAUAUAAUUUGCAAACUUCCUUUUUCAUACUUUUUAGCAAAGAUGUUCUCAAUAAGUAUGUAGAUUAUUCUAAUAAAGAUUUUUUCAGUGAUUAGAAAAUAUAUAUAUUUCAGUGAGUAAUUAUUGAAGUUUUCUUGGUUGCCCUUUUCAGUAGUAAUUAUGUCCAUAAUAAACCUUUCAUCUCCAUCAGAACUAUAUUGUUUCCAACAUAGGCCUCUCAUUUCUAGACUAGACUUCUUUGAUCUAGACCAGAUGCUCUUCACAUUUUCAUUUUCUUUAGUCAUACAAAGUGGCUCCAUGAUUAUAGAUGGAGAAAAGAGUUUGUUAUAAAUAUUUUAGCAGACUUUUUUCAUAUCCAUAUCUUUGUUAUCUUCUUCCAGUUUUGUUCAUAAAUUCCCUAGUGGGGGAGCAGCUGGCUGAGAGAGCCACGCCGAGAGAUAGGUUCAAAUCUGAUCUCAGACACUUCUUAGCUGUGUGACCCUGGGCAAGUCACUUAACCCCCAUUGCCUAGCCCUUACCACACUUCUGCCUUGCAACCAAUACCCAAUACUGAUUCUAAGAUGGAAGGUAAGUGUUUUCAAAAAUAAAUAUGGUUUAGUUAGUUUUUUUUACCAAAUUUUCUAUAACUUAGUUUAUUUCUGUGCACUUUUUUUAAGCACCUUCUUUCUUAGAAUUUAUAAUGAAUGUUGAUUCCAAGGCAGAAGAGUGGAAAAGGCUAGACAAGUGAUGGCAAUCCUAAAAUGGCAUGCAGAGCCCUCUUUGUGGGCACACACGCUGCCCUCCCCCCACCCCAGUUCCUUACUAGAAAGGCAGAGAGACUCAGUGAGAGCUGCUCCCCUCCCCCUUUCCACCACUCCUGAUGACAUUUCUUCACAUCCUCCAAUCCUCUGCCCAGUAGCCCAAUGGGAGCACACAGGUAAGGUGGGCAGCUCACAGGCAGCAGAGCUGGAGGGAAGUGGAGAGCUCAGGCCAUUCCUCUACCCCUCUAUGCUUGCUAAAGGCAUUCCUCACUUCCCCUGCCUAGCAGCCCAUUGGGAAUACUUUCUCCCUCCCCCAUGUGGGGUGAGGCAGGGAAGGAUGGAGCACUCCUUGGGGGGGGGGAACAUGUUAGGGCAUGGCACAUGUUUUCUGGAAUAGUAGGGAGCAGCACAUAGUCUCUAAAAGGUUCACCAUUACUGGCCUAGGCAAUUGGGGUUAAGUGACUUACCCAAGGUCACACAGCUAAGGAGUAUCUGAAGCCAUAUUUGAACCAAGGACUUCCCAUCUCUAGGCCUACCUCUUAAUCCACUGAGCCACAUAGCUGCCCUCAUCUGUACUAUUUCUUCAUGAUUUUAAUAAUACUGUUCAUUGUCUUUCAUACUCUUCUUCAAUAAGGUUUUAUAAAUUAGUUUAUAUUUUAAAUAGAGUAUACCUUUAACAUGUCAUUCCUCUCUUCCCAUCUUGGCAAGAAGGUCAAGGGUUUGCUAAAAUGAUUACUAUACUUUUUUGGCCUUAUCAUAAUAAUUGAUUUAUAUUGGUUAAACUUCCUUAGGAAAUUAUAAUAAUCUAUGUUGCUCUGUUCUUUUAUUCAUUUCCCGUUACUCAGCAUCAACAGCUGAUUGAAAUAUUAUGGUCAGGGUGGAAUUAUUUAAAUUACUUGCUGUAUCUUCUCAUUUUUGUUCUAAUUUGAUUCUGAUUUUUACCUUUGCUCUAAUAAGGCAGUGUUCUAUGCUGGUACAUAAAACAGCAAAUUCAGAAAUGAACACAAACAUAAUCAAUUGUUGUCCAUCAAAAUAUAAUGUUUUAUUUUUAACAUUUAAUUAAACAUUAACAUAAACAUAAAAAUUUGACAUUAAAUUAACAUUUAACAACUGUCCAGUGCUGCCACCACCCCUGACCUCGAUUCUCUUCUCAGAAAGUAUUCAUGACAUAUAGGUGCUAAGUUCCAUAAAGCCUACAGUGAUGUUCAUGGUGUCCUUUUUUAUAAAUAUUCCUUCUGUGAAAUGUUGACUUGUUGCCUUCUGAAUCACAAUAUAACCACCUCAGUCUUAUUUGUGAAACAGAGAAGAGCUAUGAGCCAUCUUCCAUUCAACUUUGACUUCCUUUCAUCCAUUGCUUUCAAUUACUUUUAUAUAUUUCAGUUCCUCUGGUUGUAUAUCCACUAAUUAGUCAAUGCAUAAAAAUUUUACCUUUAGAGUUUAGUUAAUUUUUGAUAAUGAUCUAAAAGCUUAUGAGUCUUAGCAUAUAUUCAUCCCUUUUCCUCUACUUUGCCACUAUCACUGAAGGAGUAGAAAGAACUUAUACAGUACUGAAGUUCAUUUUGUAUUUUUUCUUAAUUUUAUAGGUUACGUGAACUAAUUAUCUAGUAAUCAGCCUACUGUUUUAAGAAGUCUGUAGGCUAGUACUUGGAGUUUAAAUAUACUCUGUCACUAGUCUCAUAUUCAAGACUUUCUGGCAUGGUAUCAGAGCCUUCUAGAACCCAAGCCUUUACAUUGUGGCUUUGAUUUAGAACUUUGUGAAUGAUAUUAAUAGUCUAAUAUAUUGACCUUUUGCUAAAAUACUUCAUAAUUUAUUUUGACUAACAUUUAAGUGCCUAUGAUGUGCAAGGUUCUGAGGACACAAAGGAGCUUCCAGUCUACUAGACAGUUACAACACAAAUCAAUAUGUUAUGGUGUAAUGGAAGCAAAAGAUAUAUCAGACAAAAUAUUUGUGAAAUAUUUGAGGAUGGAACGAACACUAUCAAAGGGGGAGAAUCAGGAAAUUACAAAUUUGUCCAAAGUUCUAGCAAUUUAUGCUCAGACAAUUGCCAUAUGACAGUGAACUCUGCUUUGUUAUAAAAUAUUCUCCUGAAAUAUUUCUGAAUGCACGAAACCAGGAAUUGUUUUACUUCCUUAUACUUUGGAAAUUGAUUGAUCUGCUUACUUUAGCAAUUAUAUGGCAUUGUGGUCGGCUACUCCACCAUUAAAACAAUUUCAGCUAUUUGCUUUCAUACAUUUUUCCUUUGGAAAUGUGAUGAUUAAAUCACUUGGUAAUUUUUACUGUACAUUAUAACCACAAUUCACUUAAGUACUUUAAGGUUUAUAAAUUUCUUUCCUCAAAGCAAUAAUGUGAUAUAGAAGUAUUCUUAUUUUAAGAAUAAGUAAACAGACUAAUAUAUGUUAAAUAACUUGCUAAAAGUUAAAUAGCUAGUAAGUAAAUGUCCGAGCCAAAAUUCAAACCAACCUUUACUGACUCCACUAACCAUACUGUCACUACUAUGCAUUUAAUAUGAAUUAUUACCCCUUCUUUAUAUCUUAGAUUCCUUCCCUUCCUUUUGCAUACUAUAUACUAUUCAGAAGUAAAUAUAUGUUCAGUAUUAACUUACCUUUCUCAUGAGAAAGAUGUAAAAGGAAAUAAAACUUGUUUUAUAAUUUAGUGUAAUGUAAUCCAUUAGAAAGUUCUUGUUUCUAUCCUUUCCUGAUUGUCUCAAUCUCUCUUUCUUACUCAGUACAACUUGUAGUUGUAGUUUUAUCCAACUAACCAAGCCUAUUGUGUUUUCCCUAGGCGCAGAACAAGCCUUUAAACUCUGCCUUGCUUACGGUAUCUUUCCUUAAGAUGCAUUUAACCUAUGACAAAGAAACCACUUUUUAAUGUUAGAUACUCUGUGGUUUCAGUUCUGCAUUUUAGGGUGCCUUUUGUUUUGCUUAGUUUUCUAUUUGCAAAUAGGGAUUCAUAGAAUUUAAUAUAUUUUUAGUAGGAAUCUGAAAAAUAAGAUGAAAGAAAUUCCUCCUAUUUUUUAUCCAUCCCUUCUAAAUUAAUUAGUUACCAUUCUCAGGUAGAUAAAAUGAGUAUCAUCUCUGUCCAACCUGUUGUCAUACUUGGCAUACUGUUGGCAUACUUCCUGAUUUAAGUCCCCCUGGAUAAGCAACUUAAACAACAUCAUGUAUUUGUAAUACUGGACAUGUUUUUCAUAGCCACAAGUAUUCAAAGAUUUGUGCCUGUUACAUAAAACAAUUAGGUUUUUUUCUUGAAUGGCAGGCUGAUAGCACCAGACAGAACUUUAUUCAUCAUGGAUCUAUAGAGUUUAGAGGGUGGGGACUGUUUUUCAAGACACUUAGCUUCUAUUACCAUACAGACUAAGCAAUCUUCAUUUUAACACAUUUUCCCAAGACACCUUUGCAGUGACUUAAAUAAAUGGGCUACUGAAGGUUUCCUCAUUUGUCAAUCAAUGACCCUUUGAAUAAUGAAUUCUGCUUAUGAUAAAUUAGAUGAAGGCAUUCUGCACUGUAAAUGCUCUUCAAUAUUGGCAAAGUCGAGGUCAGCAAACAACUGGCAGAGAAACAGAUUUAAACCUCAACUCAUUCAAAAAAAAAAUUCAAUUCAUAGGUCUCCAGUGCUCAUUUCUAUUUGGAUGCCAGGUGGUGGAGGGGGAAGGCAUAUAGAACAUUUACUAACUAAACAUUUGAUAGGAAUAUUUUUUAAAUUUUCAAUUCACUCAUCAUAAUGAGUACUCUCCUCUUCUCUGUCCCAACCACAU